UUCAUCAGCCUGCAGGAGAGCAGCCAGCCCAACUCAGAGGGCUCAGGGGACGAGGCCAUCGCGCAGCUGUGGCUGCAGCACAGCCUGCAGUGCCACUGCCUGUCGGCACAGCUGAGACCGCUCCUGGGGAACCGGCAGUACAUCAGGAAAUUCUACGCAGACACUGCCUUCCUGCUCAGUGACGCCCACGUCACGGCCAUGCUGCAGUGCCUGGAGGCUGUUGAGCAGAACAACCCCAGGCUUCUGGCUCAGAUCGACACCUCCAUGCUGGCUGGCACGUCACUGCCAUCCCUGUGCGCAUCAGGUCCUUCUGCUGGGACAGGAGAGAUGUGUGACCAUGAUGCUGAAGGACAGGAGAGCCGUCUGCCUGGGGCGCUGGGCUGCCUGGAUCAUUUUGCUGAGAGCCUGCUUACCAGAAAGAGUGAGGGUCCACCUCCGGUGACCAAGAGUCAGAGCCUGACUGCCCUCCCCGCAUCCCCGUUCAUCCCUGCUGUGGGCUGCAUGCAGCAGCGCUGCUUUGGGUCCUUCUCCAGCCUCCACCAUCCAGCCUCGUCCAGCCUCUCAGACAGGAGACCAGCAAGCUCCUCCAUCAGCUCCAGCUCUAGCCAGCCCCAGGAGCGCUGCCCGUCCACCCGGUCCUCCUCCUUCAGUGAGGGCAGGUCCCCUCUGGAGCAGCCCAGCUCUGCCACCCGCUUCCACGUCCCCUCACCCAAAGACCCCUUCUCUCUGACCAGCGAUAUGAGCUCCAGCACCACCAGCCAGAGUGAGGACACUUGGACGGGGAGUCAGGAUGAUCCGCAGAGCGAUGCUAAUGAUGGGCCGGAGUACCUGGCCAUUGGGAACUUGGGGCGCCGGGGCCGGGCGUGCAGCAAUGCCAGCACCAACAGCACCAAGAGCAGUAGCUCCAAACUCUUCUCCUCCAGCAGCUCCCAGAAGCUGGACUCAGUCUCAUCCCUGGGGGAGCAGGGGGCAAGUGGAGGUGGAAGCAGGGGUCUGAACCUGUUGCGCCGGUCCAGCUUCUCGGAGGGACAGUCGUCAGCUCCGCAGGGCAUCCUCAAGAAGAGCCACAUGCGCUCGCACUCUGACACCAACGUGGCUUCGGGGAAAUUGCACGGAGGCCUCAGGGAUAUCACCAUUAUAAUAGAAGAUCCAGUGGCAGAGUCGCACGGCGAUGCAGGUGGAGGGAGAGGGCCAGUCUCUGCUUCCACCCAGAGCAGUGAACUGAGCACACCCAGCUCCCUCUACAUGGAGUACGACUCUGGACAGUACCUGAGCUCGGGGGAAGGGAUGUUCAGAAGACCCUCGGAAGGGCAGUCCCUCAUCAGCUACCUUUCUGAGCAGGACUUUGGCAGCUGUGCAGACCUGGAGAAGGAGAAUGCCCACUUCAGCAUCUCAGAGUCCCUGAUCGCUGCCAUUGAGCUGAUGAAAUGCAACAUGAUGAGCCGGCAGCUGGAGGAGGAGGAGGAAGACAGCGACAAGGAGAUCCAGGAGCUUAAACAAAAGAUUCGCAUUCGGCGCCAGCAGAUCCGUACCAGGCACCUGUUCCCUACCUGUCAGGAGAUGGGCUCAGACAGUCUUGUGGCAACAGACAGCGGGUCCCAGUUCAGCUCUCACGGCUCCAUGCGACUCUCUGACUCCGGCUCCAUGGAGGAUGUGGAAGAGUACGAGAUCCGAGAUGCAGACAUCAAGAGGAACCCAGAAUCCAGCAGGAAGUCCUUUCUCUCCUCGGAGUCCAUAUCCCACUCCUUCCUCAAUUCCAACUCGGCAGACGCCGUGGCCAUGGGCUUGUUGAAGCAGUUUGAGGGCAUGCAGCUCCCGGCUGCCUCUGAAUUGGAGUGGCUGGUCCCCGAGCACGACGCCCCGCAGAAGCUCCUGCCCAUACCUGACUCUCUGCCCAUCUCUCCCGAUGACGGAGAACACGCCGACAUCUACAAGCUGAGGAUUCGGGUGCGCGGAAACCUGGAGUGGGCCCCGCCACGACCACAGAUCAUCUUCAAUAUUCACCCAGACCCAACGAGGAAAGUGGCUGUGGCCAAGCAGAAUUACCGGUGCGCAGGCUGUGGCAUCCGGACUGAUCCUGAUUACAUCAAGCGGCUGCGGUACUGUGAGUACCUGGGGAAGUAUUUCUGCCAGUGCUGCCACGAGAACGCCCAGAUGGUCAUCCCCAGCCGUAUCCUGCGCAAGUGGGACUUCAGGAAGUACUAUGUGAGCAACUUCUCCAAAGACCUGCUGGGCAAGAUCUGGAGUGACCCACUCUUCAACGUGCAGGAUAUCAAUCCUGCCCUGUACCGGAAAGUGAAGUCUCUCAACCAAGUGUGGCUGCUGCGAAUCCAGCUUUUCCACAUGAAGAACAUGUUUAAGACGUGCCGGCUAGCGAAAGACCUCCUAGACUCCUUCGAUGCAGUGCCUGGCCACUUGACGGAGGAUUUGCAUCUCUACUCACUGAGCGACCUCAGUGCCACGAAGAAAGGGGACCUGGUGCCUCGCCUGACAGAGCUCCUGAAGGCAGGCAGUCUGCACGUUGAGAAGUGCAUGUUGUGCCAAGCCAAAGGCUUCAUCUGUGAGUUUUGCCAGAAUGAGGGCGACAUCAUCUUCCCCUUUGAGCUCAACAAGUGUAGGACAUGUGAAGAGUGCAAAGCUUGCUACCACAAGUCCUGCUUCAAAUCCGCCCGCUGUCCCCGCUGUGAGCGGCUUCAAGCCCGGAGAGAGCUGCUGGCCAAGCAGAACAUGGAGUCCUACAUCUCGGACUACGAAGACGAGUUGGAGCAGCCGGAGGCAGUGGCAGCCACAUGA